CGGACCUCGGUUUUCUUGAACUUUUCGCUGCUAUUUUGACAUGCCGUUGAUAUUAGUGUGUCAUUUAACAGGCUCGAGUCUCCAGUAAACUAUUUCAGAUACUUUCACAGACAUAACAUCCACCAAGAAGUGCCAGCUGAAAUAGGUCGCAGGCAGGGAGAGUCUGAGGGGACACCUGGAAAAACAUGUGUCAGGAAGUCUGAGUAUUGCGUCCUGUCUCCAAAAGAACAAACAAAUCCUUUUUUUCCGAAUAUAAAAGAAAAGGAGAAAUUGAUUAGUAUGGCAAGUAAGACAACAGUGCAACCCUCAUGUGUUCAAAAAAAUCCAGAAGUUGAUGAAUGUCGUGAAAAUAUUCCACCAGGAGGCACCGCUGCCGUUGGGACUUCAAAGCUCAAGGUCCAAGUAGGAGAUGUGAUUGAAUAUUCCUCUGCACAGCCAAGUGGAGAAAACAAGCCUCUCUCUGACACUUGCUUCUCUUCAACCCCAGCUCCUGCAAGCAGCAAUGGUGGAGUCAAGGCAAAAUCACGGAUCUCUGGUCUCCAGUCUGCUCUAACACCCAUUUUAAAAUACUUAAACAUUGGCAAUAAAGGUUCAUCACCAGAGCCUUUAAAACGUGGAAACAAUCCUCGUCUCAGUGUUCCCUUUUGUGUUACCACAGCAGAUUGUCAAAAUUCAACUGGAGGCUCUCGUCAAAAUCCCAACUCUGAUUUAUCCAGUAGCCAUUCUGGGCGAUCACUAAAUGAUGAGGUUGCUCCUAUGUGCUGGCUGUAUGAUGAACAGUUGCCAGAAAUUACUCUCCUUAAUGAUACAUGUGAUUCCACAAUGCAAAUGACUAGAAAUGAUUCUGCUCUUCCUGACAGCAUGCCUGCAACACCUGUAAAAACUUGGACUGUGAACAGCACAUUUCCCACUCUCCAGCCCUCCCAGCUGAGUUCUUCCACCAAUAUAAACACUACCGCUCACAAACCCUGCCCUCAGAAUGAGACAGUCAAUCCUCUUCAAUCUAGUGUCAAAGACAAAAAUUCUGAACUCUACCCUCCUGAGCUGCCGAAACACAAUGGGACAACAACUAGUACAGACCUUAAUGACAAGAUGGUAAACAUCCCUGAGAGCAUGUAUGCUCCUGAGCGCUGGCUGGAUGACAGAUAUUUCCCGGAAAUUACUCUCCUGGAUGUUACACGUGAUUCAGAACCAUCACCAGGAGCAGAAACAUCCCCUAUGGAGGCCACACAGGAUAAUCCCCCAGUGGAUAGUGUGAAAAACAGGAGGCCUUCAUCAGAGAUGAGUGGACAAAUUGUGGCAGAGCCUGGCAGACUGGACAUGAUUCAAAGUGAAGAAUCGUCAAGUACUCUUACUGGCAAUGUCACCCAGACCUUAAGCUCUUUUAGUGAGCAAUCUGAUAAGUGUGUGGAGGAAAACGUCAUGAAAGCUUCCUCGGACGUAACUAGGGAUAUUUCUAUGGGUAGUGUUUUGGAAAGCAGUAGGUCUUCAUCGGAACCCUGUGGACAAAACAUGGCGAAGAGCCAAACUUCAGAUGAGGACACACUUGGUACCCAUCCUGCUAAUGUUACUCGUGACAUAAGCUCCUCUAGCGACAUGUCUGUCCAGUCUGCUGAGACCUCUGAUGUGCAGUGUAACACCAGUUUAAAAAAUGUCACCUCUGAGCUUCAUGUUAAAACUAUGGAGACCUCUAAUACUGUGGAAGCUAACAACGAAGAGUUAAUUACUACCCAUGAUGCUGAGUUGACAGGUAUAGUGCCACAACCAAGCCCAGAAACAGCCAAGUCUUCGAACGGCACAUUUACCAUUGGACAGCCCUCCACCGAUUUAAAUACUACUGCUCAAAUAUCCUGCCCUCACAAUAAGACUCUGGAUCUUCCACCAUCUAAUGGAAACAGACCCAAAGCACAGAGUGAGGCUACAGAGCAGGUUAGUGCAGACUUUAAGAACACUACUGAAACUUCACUUAUUAUGAAUCAGAGUAGUUCCGCUGGUAACGCAAGUGGUUCAUGUGAAGUGAACAAUGCCACUUUUGAUAGGCAUUCUCUUCAAAAAUCAAGUGGAAAUACAUAUUUAGGGGAAGCCAGUGCUACAAGUGUUUGCCUCCAGAACACUUUCGACAGUAAACCGACCUCUAAACAGAAUGGCACCAUAACUUUGUCAGAAACCAGCUCCAGUGACAGUCACCAGAAUACUUUGGACAAGCCCUCUCCUCCUAAAGUCUGUAAUCCAACCACUAGCCCAAACGAUGACACUUCUGAAGGUCAUCCUCCUGAACUGCCAAAACAAAAUGUAACAACAACUAUCACCCCUGAGAGCACGUUUGAAGCUAAUUCAGCCGUAGAGGUAGCUUCUGGAGCUAGUGGACAUGAGGCUAAAGAUCAUUCACACCCAAACCUGCCUGCGACGGACAGUCUUUCCGACGCUUUGGGCCAUCAGAGCAUGGCUGUGGAGAGCAACAAAGCAAACGCAUUCAAUUUGGAUGACACCUUAGAUUUAAAAGUAGACUCUUUGGUUACUUCCACACCAAUGACUAACUCUAAAGUGUUCCACUUCAGCACCGAACGCGAGGAUGGUAAAACCAUAGCUGCACAGAAAAAACUGUACGGGUAUGGACCCAGUAAUCCAGUUGGUCAGGUGCCAUCAGACGUUCCAUCUAACAUUGUCUCUGACCGAAAAACGUUCUUGACGCAACCCACUGCUAGGUCCCUUUUGCCUCCUGCGAAAGCUGCAUCCCAGCUGUUGAAGUACAAGCCAGCCAUCAUGCCUCUGAGAAGAUGUGAGUCGUCGACAUCAGGCCUGCCGAUGACAAGACAGAGAGCUCAAGCUGAGGUUUUGAAAAACACUGCAGCUUCCGAUGCAGCCCAAGGGACCACAGGAAUAUCAAGCUCCUACAACCUGCGUGCUACAACAACAGGAUCCAAUAAGCCGAAUUCUGGCUUGCUGAGACCACCGUUGAUGGGCAUACCAUCAGGCAUCCAGAGAGCUACAGCGGGUCUCAGGCCGCCAUCAGCAAGAAGCAACGCACUAACUGCUUCAAGUACCGACAAACUCCAUGGGCCUACAGUUGCUAACCCAGUGACAAGGGCUUCACAACCAAAGAAGCAUCCCUUAACCAGGGGUGAAGCUUUGCCAACAGCGAAGAAGAAGAAAAUGGAUGCUCCCUUACCAUCCAGUAGUACCGAAGCUCCAGCAUCUUCCUGUGAUCCUGUGAACAGAGCCAAAAACCUGAAACAGCCCACAACCAGUAAGAGACCUGUGCCAGCUAAAACCCAAAGAGAUGAUACUGCAGUGCCAGCCAGUACUGCUGAAACCAUAAUAACUUGUGAUGCUGCGAGCAGAGCCAGAACCCUGAAACAACCUGCAAACAGCCAUAGAGGUCUUGGAGCUAAACCCCAAGGCCAUGGAUGUGCCAAAUGUGUGGUGCUUGAAGAGCAACUCAAAAUAAAAUCAGAAGAAAUAAGGAGACUGAAAGCAGAGCUGCUGAAGUACAGUAAACAUGGAGAACAAUGCUGAAUGCUCCAAUUAAAUCCCAAUGUGACUAUUUAAUAAUAUAUCUAUAGUUUUUUUGUCAAUAAUUUUUUUUUUUUUUGUCAAUAAAUGGAUUUUAAAUAUUCUAAAAUACUAAUUUGUUACACUGCUUAGCUCAGUAAGGUCAAUUUGUUGACAUGAUUUAAUGAAUGCUAUGAAGCUCUUCAGUGUAGAAUAGUGGCUUUGUUUGACCGGGCAUAACUUUACUGAAAUCUGGUCUGAUAUGAGAUAUAUAAGAGUCCACAAGACGGUGUAAUAAAACAUUGUUUUUUCAACCCGCUGAAAUGGACACCAAUUAUAAAUUCAACCAUACAUAUCUUUACAAAUACUAAAAGGUUUUGAUGAAUAUUUGCUUGUUAUGAGGCUGUAACUACUUUUUACACUGCCAGAAUAAAUAUUAAAAUAUACUGACGAACAAUGCUAAAAUGAGUAUAUACUGUAUAUGUGCAUGUAAAUGUUGCACUGUUUGUGUUUAUAUCUACUAAUAUGGAGUGAAAAACAAAUACUGAAGACAUUUGGAUCAACUUACUCUUGGACGCCUAACGUGGUCUUUAGAGUUUGUAUGUUUGUGAGAUCUUUGAAAUAAAUAUGCUGAAGGGCUAA